UGAGAUUCUGCUAAAACGGUGUGUCAAUCGCAAUAUAAAAGAGCGUUGUCGUUUCAAUAUUCCGGAUAAUUUUGGGGCACGUAUUGAUUUACCUUGCUAGCUUCACAUCCGGUUGUAUUUUUAGCGCGGGUGUCUGUCGUCUGAGCGUCUCUGCAUGUGCAAGUAUAUCCAUAAAACCUUCACAUGGAGCAUAUUGGGAAGCAGGUUAGAGUUGUCCUAAAAGAUGACUCUCGAUUCGAUGGCUUUGUCCAUUCUAUGGACACUGGGACAGGCAAACUAACUCUGCAUAAAGUCACGGACGAGGAUGGCAGAAGACUUCCUGGGAUAAAACAUUUUUUUAAUGAUGAGCUACAUGACAUCUAUGCAUUUGAGAAUGAAUUGAAACCCUCCAGUAAGAAUGUGACAGAGGGCCUAGUGGACAAAAAAGAGACUGGCAAAAAGUUAUUUAAAACAAAAAAUGUUCCGGCCCAUCUCCAGAGAAUGCGGGACUUUAAGCCGGAGACUGUCCUGCUGUCAAACAUUGCCAACACCAGCACAGAACAUCCAGUCAAACAAGAUAACCAGAGCUCUGACUAUGAUUCCAGCAGUGACCCCGAGGCCCUGGAGGGGGGAACUGAGGCCCCUUAUGUCCUCAUCAAUAAAGUGGACAGGAAGUUUCAUGACGCUAUCGACGCAGUACUUAACUGCUCGGUAGUUGGACUAGCCAUGCAGGGGGUGUGUGUCGGAAGAUCUGGAGAAGUCUGCUGGGUGCAGUUUGCCACAGACAGAGAUGUGUUUUUGUUUGACAUCUUGGAGUUACCUCCAGAGUGUUUUGAAGAAGGAAUCAAAGCCAUUUUAGAAAAUCCAGAUGUCUUAAAAGUAACCCACGAUUGUCGCCUGAUUUCUGAUUACCUUUUCCACCGCCACAACAUCAAACUCAUCAACGUGUUUGAUACACAGGUAGCUGACGUAUUUGUGGAUCGCCUGUUCAAGGGAGGUAAGGGAGGCGACUGGCCGCGUUAUGUGAAAGGCCUUGCAGACUGUGCUCUCAACCAUCUGAAUCUGGAGCCCGAACAAGUCCUCAACCUCAAAACCAGAGAGAGGCUUAAGAAGCAUGACGAGGAGAUCUGGGCCACCCGUCCUAUCAGUCGUCAGCUAUUAGACGCCCUCUAUAAGAACGUUGUACACCUCCGUCCUUUACGUCAGGUUCUCAUCGAGAAAAUGAUGGCCGAAUACGUCGCAGGGGUGGACGUGUAUCUGUCCCAGGUCAGGGAUUCCUCCACAAAGGAUGCUAAAGCGCACCAGUCCAACCUAAUACCUAUGGCAUUUGAGGGAUUGCGGAAACUGAUGCCUCGCUUAGACAGCUAUCGCUGGGGUAGUAAUCGACUCAGUGCCGAGACCUCUAACGUGAAGGGGUUCACGGACAACGUCCUUCCUGUGCAGGACCCCAAGGUCAUCAUUAGUCAUGAUUCUAUUUGGCAUCAAAGACCUUCCAAGGGUCAACACAUGUUCAAACAAGUUGCCAAUCAGUUCAAAUUUGUUAAAGAAGAUGGAACACCAUGUAGGGUAGCUGAACAGAAGUUUGACAGUACAUCAGAUGGCCAGAAGCUUGCCUCGGUUAACCAGAAUCCAGUGUCAGUUAACCAGAACCCUGCCUCGAUUAGCCAAAAUCCUGCCUCUGUUAGCCUGAAAUCUGCCUCCGUUAGCCAAGGUCCUGGCUGUGUUAACCAAAAUCCUGCCUCGAAUAGCCAAAGACCUGACCCUGUGUCAGUAAGCUACGAUUCUGUGUCUUUUGGCCAGAAUCCUGCGAGUUCUAGUUCAAGGUCCACCACAAGUCCACAUAUUAGCCCCACAAAACAACCUGCACAGAGCAGUUUUGAAACAACCCUGACACAAAGAGGAGGAAUGAAUGCCUCACUGUCUUCAUUGAGGGGCUUGACAGAUGUGGAGAAAGAUUUGGAAGUGCAAAAAAUUAUAAACCAGUCAGAAGAAGAGGAAGUUCCAACUGGCAUGUUAAUAAGAUCUGUUUUGAAGCAGACAGACCCGAGACAAUUAGAAGAAAGAGAAGAAGACUCAGAGACCUACGAGUUCAAACCGGCUGGAGUGAUGAUAUUUGCCAAAAAGAAUGACAAGACCACGACAAGGAGGCAGAAGGAGGUGGAUGACCUUGAGCUAGAGAUGGCGCAGUAUGUGAUGGAGAACCAGCCAAUGGCCGGGUCCCAGCAGGAGGAGUCAGAGUACGAUGACUGGGGAGGGACGCGGCACAGACCCCUGGUGGUCAGCCAGGAGAACAGGGACACUAUUCUGAAGAAGUUCCUGGAGAUGGCAGGGGUGGAGAAGGCACGGAGACAGGCAGAGCUAGAACUCCAGGAAGAUACCCUCACAGUACCAGCCGUGCAUAGGAACUCUGAUACUCAAUCAGUUCCAUCUGUGCAUGGGAACUCUAACAUACUCCAAAACUUUGCAGCAGUGAGAGGUGCAUCCUCAGUAGUAAGUGGAACAGUGGAAUCUCAAACUAAUGGUCAGUGGUAUUUACAGCCCUAUCUGGGCCGGACUGAGCGGUCACUGAGUGAUGAUGACCAGAGUGUUUGUGGGUCAGACACGUUGACUCAGGGCAGCACCACAGUGUCGCAGCAACUCUCUGUCAGAAGUGGCCAUCUACAGCAAAAACGCUGUCUGUAUCGAGGUCAGAUUUCAUCCAAAGCGAGACUGCCGGAAACAUCUGAAGAGAGUGAUAGGAAUCUCAACAUCAGCUUACCAUCCAGGUUUGAAUCACCAAUCUCACAUCAGAAUCAUAGAUCUGUCAGUGUACCAGCAACACCAGCAAAUACUCAUGAAAUCGGCCAGCAACCCAGAAAUAGACAGGAGGUGAGAGGAGGACAGCCAGGUAUAACAGACCUGUCCAGACUGGCAUCAAUACUGGCCAAGACUUCCAUCAGAUCUCCGUCCUCUGUAGGCCAGGAUCCACACGGAGUGUCCAGAAGUCCUUUAAGUAUGUCAUCAUCAUCCAGAUCCCCCAACAAAAGUGAUCAGGAGUCGUCCAUUAUCAACCGUAUCCUGCAGGAUAUACCUGCCUCACCCACCUCUGGCUGCUCAUCCUCCACCGCCGGUGUUCACUGUUCCCAAAGAAACAUUUCCCCUGCCUCGUCCUGUAGGGGCGGGAUCACCCAGACUUCUCCCCGCAAAUCAGAAAGCGUGACUGCAGCACUGAACGCAACUGAUAGCAAGAUCCAGCGGAUAAGAAUCCUUGCUGAAGCAUUAAAAAAAUCAGAGAAUUGAGCUAUAUGCAUUAAUUUUGAGUGAUUUAUGGAGGCAUUAAUUUCUUAUUUAGAAUCAUCAAUCUUAUCAUGUGAAGUAGCUGCAGGUCUGUAGCUCUACUGGGACAUUCAGGUUGACAUGAUAAAGAAGUACACUUCCUCACUUACAAAAAACUGGCAAUUUACAACGCACUGAAACAUGUGCUAGUUUUGGACUGUGGUUUUAUUAAUAUUCAUGGUCAUCAGUUUAUAUGAUCUACAGAAUGUCAACCUAAAUCUUCUAGUCAUGUUACAGAAUCGCAGCUACAUAUGGAGUACUUGUUUAACUUCAAUAUCUCAAACUUCUACAUCUUCAACUCCAUGGAUAUACCAAAGGGAGUUUGAACUUCGAUGUUUAUGUUUUUAUUAAAAUUCAUUAUUACUAUUCUGUUGAUAUCUAAGAAGUUUUUUUUUUCUUUGUGCCAUCAAGUUCAAUCAAUGUUGUUUGACAACUUAAAUCUUUUAUUAAAAAUACUGAUUUUUUAAAAAGGGUUUAAAAAGUAGGUGUACAUGUGUUUGAAACAGAACUUUUACAGUGAAAUUAUCACAGUUUUUUCAUGUGGAUAAGUAACUGUACAGUUUGAAAAUUCUAUAAAAGCCCCAGGGGGUCUUGUACCGGUGAUGUGUUGAUCAGUAGGUGCUGCGUAUUUCUUCUUUAAAAAGAAAGUUGGUCACAAUGUGGAGGUUCCUUAUACCUUUGAAUGUUGCAUUUCUUGAAAAUAGAAAUUUUAAUUUUCUUUCAGUUGUGAAUAAUUUUAACUUAAAAAAAGAUAGGUCAUUUAAUGUGAAAAAAUCUAAGAUAUUAAAAUGAUAAGUUUAGUAGAGUUUUAAUGAUCAUUACUAUGCAACUCUUCUGACUCCACCCACAUAAAAGACAGGGUGGAAGCUUGUUUAUAUGUGCCUGUGGUUACUGGCAGCUUUACACGUUCAUGAUGUCUGUUGUUUUUGUUGUUGGGUGUUGAAUCAAUUGAUUUUAUGAUUUAUUUUUAUGCAUUCAUUGAAAUUCACAAAAAAAUGUCAAUUGAUGUUUUGAUGAACUUUUGAUUUAUGAUCAGUAUAAUGAAAUCUUAAAAAAAUUGGUGUUUGAUGAAUGGUAACGAAACCAGAUUAAUUAAUCUGCUCAGUGUAAAGGGAGCUGACUUUGGAGAGAUAUCAGGAGUCUGUGAUGGAGGCUUGUUGUUAUGGUGUUUUGGUGUACUGUUGAUGGCUUACCUCCCCUCUCUCCAUUUAAGGUAUCACACCGGUAAUCGGCCAAUCAAAAUGAACUUAGUCAAUUGUAGUUCCAUAUAUACUUCAGAAGUUCCAUAUAUACUUCAGAAUUAUUUUUUUCCUUGACUGCAUUUUUACAUAUUCCUUUACUCAGUUUUAAAAAUUUUUGUACCACUGAGUAGGAUAUUUCAUGUAUUUUGUUAGGUAAUGAUCUUUUUUCACAGGGACUACUUCUUUCAGGGCACAUGCAGCAGCUUCCUGGGGAGUGUGCAGUCUGUUUACAUACAAAUGGAAAACACGUGGUUUUGAGGGUAGACCUGUUUGGAGCUAGAUAUUUUGAGAAAAUGCAGUAUCGCUUGCCCUUUUUAUGGUGUUAGCUGAUGAGAUAGGUAACAAAUAACAUUUCCUCCGAAUAUUUUGUCAUGAGGAAUACAAACUGAUUUUUAAGAAUUUUUUCCCCUCUAUAGUGCUAUAUAGUGAAAACAAUUACCGGUGUGAUACCUUUAAAUGGAGUCUCCCAUCUUCUUUUUCCAUCUGUUUAUUAAAUCAUUUUUAGAACAACCAUAUUGUGUUCAACAAUUUCUUGUUAUACAAAUCAGGUUAUGUGAUGUGAACUAAAACUAGCUAGAUUGUUGUUGGUCUCUGACGAUUGUAUUUGAUGGGUCAUGUUUUUUUUUCAAUACAAGUGCUUUGUUACAUCAGUGUCACUCUUGCACACAGCACAUUUUUCCAUAUUCAUAUACUGGCCCUUUCGUCACCACCUUUCCUCAAGUCAAUUCUCAGCCUCAAGUCUUAGAUUUGACCUCAAAUUUAUGUACUUUUCAUUCAAGGACUGAGUUGAGCAUUAUGAAAAUUUUUGUGAUGGCGGGGCCAGGUAUAUAUCAGUCAAUUCUUAGCAAUGGAAAAUAUAUAACUGCAAUUUUUGACAUUUGUUCUUUAUCCCUUUUUCUACAACUGCAAAGGACAAUAGUUUCUUGGAGUUUUAUUAUUUUAGUAGCUAUUCUUUGAUAAAGUGAAAUACUGAUAUAUAGCAAUUUAAACUACAGAUUAACUUCAGAGGGUUUGAUGAUCGUGGCCAUAUUUAGACUGUUUUAAUCUCCUUCAGAAGAAGAGCUCUGUAUAAG